AUCUAAGCAAUUGGAGGAGCUGGAAACUACUGUCCCAGGACUGAACAAUAACGAUGAUGAGACAGUCAGCAAUGUUUCUUCUGCCUCAUCUAAGAGUCGAGUUAACGAAAGUGCAGAGUCAGGAAGCAAGCAGAUAAUUUGCAAGCCUUCUUAUUGUUUGGAAAUGAGAGGAGUGAAAAAGAACAUUAACAAAACUCCAGGAAUAAAAGGUGAAGUAGUGUUGAAAGGCAAGAGGAAAUCUGAGGAAGAUGAAGAUCUUAAAGACUCCCCCAGGAAGAAACAAAAGAUUUCUGCAGGAAGAAAACAGCAAGCAGGAGCACAACAAAAGUACAGAAGAAAAGUUCACUCUGUUCAGAAAGAGCCACAAACUUAUAGCACGGGUAGUGUGGAAGAGCAGUGGUCUUUGGAAAUUCGAGACAAAGGCCGAGCUACUUGUCCAACAUGCAGGGCUGUGGUGAGAAAGACUGUAGAAGGACUGAAGAAACAUAUGGCAAAUUGCAGGCAGGAAAUGUUCACUUGUCAUCACUGUGGGAAGCAGCUAAAGUCUUUGGGAGGAAUGAAAUACCAUGUCAUGGCAGACCAUAACAAUCAGCCACUUGUGAAGGAGGGAGGAGAAGUAGAUGAGCAGCGUGAGCGAGACCGCCUUCGGAAGGUUUUGAAGCUUAUGGGAAAACUGAAGUGUGCAAGGGAGGGUUGCACAGGCAGCUUCACCAGCGUAAUGGGAUACCUAUAUCAUGUUAAAAAGUGUGGGAAGGCUGCCUCUGAGCUGGAGAAAAUGGCUAUGAAAUGCCAUCACUGUGGAAAGGCAUACAAAUCAAAGGCAGGACUUGUCUACCACCUCCGAUCUAAGCAUGGGCCAGUUGCUUUCUUCCAUGAAGAGAGAAGAACAGAGAGCUCAAAGGAAAAUAAACUGGAGUCAGAUAGCACAGGCAGGGUUCAGAGGAGAUCCGCAAAGGUGGCAAUCUACUAUCUCCACGAGUUAGCCGGAGAAGAGCUGGCCAAAGAAUGGCCCAAGAGGAAAGUGCUGCGGGACUUGAUUCCAGAUGAUCGCAAGCUGAAAUACACUCGUCCGGGACUGCCUACCUUUAGUCAAGAUGUGCUGUGCAAAUGGAAAACAGAGAUAAAGAUGUACAGAAGAGUUCACUGCCCAAACGAGGGUUGUGAGUCUGUAUACGGGAGCGUCUCAGGACUCAAAUCUCACCUUGGCACGUGUACCUUGGGAGACUUUGUGGCUGGUAAAUACAAAUGUCUCCUUUGUGAAAAGGAAUUUAUUUCAGAGAGCGGGGUCAAGUAUCACAUCAACUCUGUGCAUGCUGAGGACUGGUUUGAUGUGAAUACAACUACCACCAAGAGCUUUGAGAAGCUAAUGAAAAACCGCCAAAGACAAGAAGAGCAGAGGAAACGACGGAAGAAACAUGCUUUGACUCAGGGCAAAAAGAAGAAAAUGGGAUCCUUGUCUGCCAAGAAACUCCCCAGUGUUGGAGUUGAAAAAAUCAGGAAGAAUAAGAGGGGUCGCCCAAAGCAGGUGGUGGACGAGAGCGAGAGUAGUGAAGAGGGAGAGCCCCAAGUUGCGCAGAGAGCGGAGUUUCCCAAAACCAGCCGCAAACAAGGCCGGAAGUAAGUCUCUGGAGGAAAAGGAGAAGUAAUCCCCAAAAUUUUCAGUUACAAGCCCCACUUCUGCUAGGCUUACAACCCACAGUGCUAACAUAAGCAACUGAAUGUCUUUGGGACUGCGAUUUCUCUCCUAACUUCUGUGACCUUGAUUUUUGCAACUGUCGCAUCUGCUUGGUUAUGAGAGACUGUAAACCAAAGCUGUGAUAUAGGGACUGCCUCUU